GAACAUAUGGAAACUUCGAGUGCUUCAAGAGUGACUUGUCUUGUAUUAAGAAUACUAACUUUUGUGUUUCUUUUCAUCUCCUUCUUCAUUCUCAUCACCACUUCCCAAACUGUUCAAUCAAUUAAGUUUCACUUCAAUGACUUUCAUACAUAUAGGUACGUGCUUGCUACUAUCAUCGUCGAGAUCGUAUUCAAUCUCUUGCAAAUCGCGUUCUCCCUCUUUAAUAUCGUUAAGAAUCGAAACGGAACCAUACUAUUUGAUUUCUUUGGCGACAAGUUUUUGUCGUAUCUUCUAGCAACGAGCACUGCAGCUGGGUUUGGAGUUUCAGUGGAUUUGCAAAGAACAAAAGACCCAGAGGAUUUGUUUGGAACGUUCUUUGAUAAGGCAUAUGCAGCCUCAGCUCUUCUUUUGUUUGCAUUCUUUUGUUCUGCCGCUGUCUCUAUUCUCUCUUCCUUUGCGCUCUCAAAGAGACCUUAA